AUGUUAGCGAGCAGUUGGGCCAUUCCACAGCGACUACAUCGGCGAGAAGACCUCCCGCAACGACUUCCUUAUUCAUUGCAGUCUCUAACAAUUAUAUUUGAUGUCGGUGCACAAGUCCUGUAUACAGAGAAACCGCAAGAACUGGAUUACAAAUGGAUCCUCAACCUAGCGGAGAGCAAGCAGCUGUUUUCACCACGCCUGGCAAGAAUCACUUUGUUGGAACGCAAUUUCUGGCCAGGGUUGAAUCGGGGAAAAACGGAAGCAGAUUUCUCUCCAGCAACGGAUUGGGAAUCUCCACCUGAACUGAAACUUGCUUUUCAACGGGCGGAUAUUGAACACUAGAGAUAUCUGACUGCCAGACUACCAGCUUCUCUUCAGUCACCGAAGUUCUGCAAUUGUCUCUCAGAGCAAUAGACUGCCGAUCGUUUGGUGUUUGAUUACCAGGUUCAGGCAGUCCUCUAUCCCAAUGUGCGGAUGUUGCGUGGAAAUUCCAGUGUGGUUGACUACAGUGUAGGCGGCUACAAUUGAAUAUGGCAUUGGCACGACAUGAACAGUGUGUCCAUACAAACUGUUGACAGUUGUCCGGUGUGAAGAUGCUUGUUGGUCUUGGGAUCGUCCCCGUAAGUCUCCGGGCAAGCAUGUAUCGAUACAUGAUAUUAUUGACUGGUUUAUCCUGAAGAGAUCAG